AUGGAUCACUUUGGAAAGCCAGAAGCAGUUGAAUCUAUGGAUGAGAUGGAUGACGACCUUUACCAGCAGUUUUUACAGGAGUCUCAAGCGUUAGAAAGGCUUCGGGAGCGACCAGCAGAAGAUGUACAACACCAGGUGAGAUCGAGCCUCAAUGAUCUGAUGGAGGCGAUUGAGAGAGAAGUACAACAUAAUAGAGGACAAGCAAAUGCAGCCGAUCACGGUAGUGCUGAAGAUGCCGAACUCAAUGCGGGCAGACGAGGACCAUUGUUUGCACCCAGAAGAACAUACCUACAGAUCUUGAUAAGAAACCUAUUACUACUCGACUAUUUUGUGGUACUACUGCUUUUCCCAUUCUCGCUGUACAACAUUUUAAGAAGCGGCUUUAGUUCAGUGACCUUCUCAGAGACCGAUUUUGUCAAGGACAUCCUACUGUAUUUGCACUACGUGAACGACUUCGUCAGCGUCGGGGGUCCAUACCGCUUGUUAGAAGCCAGAAAUGAUCUUUUAAGCAAGUUCCACAACAUCAUAGUCUACUAUACAUGGCCCGCAGUGCGGUCCCUCAUCUCCAGAUACGACUCCUCAAGUGAGAUACGAACCACGGUGGUAGCGGUGUACCAGUCUCUCGUCAAGUCGUGGGCUAUAGCGGUGUUCCUUAUAUAUGGCAUCGGUGGAACCGUUUAUCUGACGAUGGCGGGAUUCUUCUUUUCCAUUUGCCUGGUGAUAACCCUAGUACGGAGAUAUAAGAAUGUUCAGCGAAUUGUGGCUGGAAGUCUGGAAAGCUCUGCAAACAUCCCCGGAGUCCUCUAA